AUAACGAGAAGGAAAUAUUUCAUUGGUUUAGGUAAUUGAAGAGAGCGCAGUGACCUUAUUUUGACUUUUAAAGAAAAUGAACAAUGAUUGACAAUUGCGCCAGUUAUGGAAUUCCCGCAAAAAUUAUGUAUUUAAAUUACUUCUCUACCACGAUGAAGCUAGUUUCGGAGAAGAUGCUAUUGGAUGGAACUACGACUAACAAAUUUUGUUUCAUGACUGUUUAUGUCCCUGUUGUUUACAUUAAUCACAAAGCGGAUAAAUGUAGGUUAAAUUAUCUUUAGAUCCAUAGCGCUGGUUAUCGUCUGCAACGCAAGCAACAAAUUUAGAAAACAAAAGCAAAAGGAAAAAAGCAGUCAACGGUGUGUGAGGACGCUACAUAAGUAAAACGACCGAGGUCAGUGGGUAUGAGUUCAAGUAUAUGUUUUUUAACUGAAAUUUAAACUUCUUUCUUCUAUUUACACAGCGACAAUCAAAUGAGGCCUAAAAAGCGGCAUUUGGUUUUGUUUCCUCUAUGGAAGCUUAUAAAACCGACCAUAUUUGCGUUAAAUUAAAUAUGUGAAAGAUGCAAAUGCUCUACUUAGUUUCCUUUGAUAGUUAGUUCAAAUUUUGUGACUACAACUUAUUUUCUAGACAAAAAGUUGAAAAUAGUCUUAUUUCCGCUACAUUAAAUAUGUGAAAGAUGCAAAUUCUCUACUUAGUUUCCUUUGUAGUAAGUUCAAAUUUUGCGUCUACAAGUUAUUUUCUAGGCAAAAAGUUGAAAAUAGUCGUAUUUUACCAUUGAAAGCAAGAAUUAAUGUUCUCGUUGUCUACAUUAAUCACAAAGCGUUUUUCGUAGGUUAAAUAGCAUUUGGAUUUCAUCCCUCUACGGAAGUUCAUAAAAGCCACAUUUGCGUCAAAUUAAAUAUGUGAAAGAUGCAAAUACUCUACUUAGUUUCCUUUCAUAUUUAGUUCAAAUUAUGUGACUUCAACUUAUUUUCCUAGACAAAAAGUUGAAAAUAGUCUUAUUAUACAAUUCAAAGCUAGAAUUUCUGUUCCCGUUGGUUACGUUAAUCACGAAGCGUUUUUCGUAGGUUAAAUUGUCUUUGAAUUCUCAGGGCUGGUUAUCGAUUGCAACGCAAGCUGCAAGUUCAGAAAACAAAAGCGAAAGGAAAAAAGCAAUCAACGGUGUGUGAGGACGCUGCAUCAGCAAAACGACCGAGAUCUGUGGGUGUG